ACGUUCACCACACUAUGUUGGAUAUGUUCGAAUUUUUGACAUUUGGCUUGUCGGCACACAUCUCUCUGAAUACGAAUUUCAUCCUCUUGUUUUUGUUAUUCACUCGUACGCUUACAUACUUUCACCGUUAAUGUUCAAAUUUACUAGAAGAAAAUAUGAAGUUUCGAGCAUUAAUCCGUGACCAACAAUCCUGCCGAGAAUUUCACGAUAUAAUAACAACCAUUUCGAAAGUGGCACACAACAAAGAAGCAGCUAUAAUAAUCAAAACAAAUCAAAUUCAGUUAGUUGUAUCCGAAAAUGCAGCUCAUUCGAUUCCGUCGAUUUGGGCUGAGGUGGACAAAGACUCCUUUUUCCCUGAAUACAUAAUGAGCGGCGUCGACGAGGAGCACAACAAUCAGAUCGUUUUGACAUUCAAUCCCAUCAAAAUGGCUAAUGCAUUGACUAUGCUGAAAGGCGUCGUAAAAUAUUGUAAAAUCAAACUGACAAACAAAGACUUUCCAUGCCUGACGGUGCAGCUCGAGGUACCAUCGACUACCGGUCGGCAGAUCACACACGAUGUUCCUGUAACUGUUAUUCCGACACGCGAUUGGGCUGAAUUUGAAAUUCCCCAACUACCAGACUUCAAAUCAGUCAUAUCCAUGCCAACGCUGAAGUCCAUCAGAAAUCUAGUGGAAAAGAUCAAGAAUUUGGCGUCACACAUAACGUUCUUCUGUAACAAUUCCGGUGAAAUUGCUAUGGUCGUUGAAACUGAUGAAGUGACUGUGGCUAGCAACUACAAAAAUCUUGAAGUUCAACUAGAUGAUCCUGACGACAAGAAUUUGGAGGUGUCCUGUCGUGUUAGUGCCAAAGAAUUGGGAAUUUACUUCUCAUGCAAUCAGUUUCAGGACUUGAAAAUGUACUGUUGUGCUACGCAAGAUCAUGUUCUUAAAAUCGUUGUGGAGGUGCGGCCAUUCGUUUCGUUAAACUGUAUUUUGUGGGCUGUUGCGUUAUGAGAACAAUAAAUUAAGUUUGUCG